CAUUUAUCUUGGGUCAAUUACUUCUAAUUCAUCAGUGAGAUUAAUAAAAUAGCGUUUUACUGAGAAACCAAAAGAGGUUAAAACACUAUCAAAAUUGUUUGGUUUUUGUUGUUAAAAUUCACAAGUCUUUUCCUCUUUGGCAGCCAUGAAUGUUGGAAAAUUUUGGGGAGGAACGAAUAAAUUUAGGGGUAAAGUUAUUGCACUGAGAAGAGAAGAUCAAUCAGUAUGGGAAAGAAGAGCAUCACUUGCUCCAGACAAUGUGAGAAAGCUGACAAGGGCUGGAGUAAAAGUUAUAGUCCAACCAUCAAACAGGAGGGCUUAUCCAACUCAAGCUUACUUAAGUGCAGGUGCUGUCAUUCAAGAUGACAUUUCAGAAGCGUCAGUGAUAUUUGGUGUAAAACAAGUUCCUGUUGAUCUGCUACUGCCAAACAAAACAUACUGCAUGUUCUCACAUACAAUAAAAGCCCAAGAAUCAAACAUGCCUCUUCUUGAUGCCAUUUUAGAAAAGAAUAUAAGAUUAAUCGAUUAUGAAAAAUUAGUCGAUGAACAAGGCCAAAGAGUGGUUGCUUUUGGAAAAUAUGCAGGUGUUGCAGGAAUGGUCAAUAUUCUGCACGGCCUCGGCUUAAGGUUGCUUGCACUAGGACAUCACACACCUUUCAUGCACAUAGGCCCGGCACACAAUUACCGAAACUCUUCAAUGGCAAGACAAGCGAUAAGGGAUGCCGGUUAUGAAAUAGCAUUGGGAAUGAUGCCAAAAUCAAUAGGACCUCUAACAUUUGUCUUUACAGGUUCGGGCAAUGUUUCACAAGGGGCACAGGAAGUAUUUCAAGAACUUCCACAUGAAUAUGUACCACCAGACAUGCUUCAAAAGGUGGCAGACCAUGGAGAGGCUGUUUCAGUCAACACAAAAGUAUAUGCAUGUGAGGUAAGGAGGCGGCAUCAUUUGGAGAGGAAAGACGGAGGAGGCUACGAUCAUGAAGAAUAUGACAAGUACCCUUCAAAAUAUGUGUCCACAUUCAGUAAAAAGAUUGCUCCAUAUGCAUCGGUUGUAAUAAACGGCAUAUACUGGGCUGUGGACUCUCCCAAACUUCUUACCCUACCAGAUGCAAAAGCUCUCCUUCGUCCUGCGAACACUCCCUGGCUCCCUUGUUCAGACGGUGCACCAGCGUUGCCGCACAGACUCUUAGCGAUCUGCGAUAUCAGUGCUGACCCAGGCGGUUCAAUUGAAUUUAUGAAUGAAUGCACUACAAUUGACACCCCAUUCUGUUUAUAUGAUGCUGACAGCAACAAAGACACAAAGAGUUUCAAAGGACCAGGAGUGCUCGUCUGUUCUAUUGACAACAUGCCUACUCAGUUGCCAAGGGAAUCAACGGAUUUUUUUGGUGAUCUAGUACUUCCUUACGCUCUUGACAUUUUGCAGUCAGACGCCACAAAGCCACUCGAGGAACACACUUUCUCACCUGCUGUUUAUAAUGCUAUAAUUGCCAGCAAUGGGAAACUCACUCCUAAUUAUGAAUACAUUCAAGAAUUGAGAUCUCUCAAUUUGAAAUCAAAACACAAGGAUGGAGGUGAAGCAACUGCUGAUAUGAAGAGAGUUCUUGUUCUCGGUGCGGGAAGAGUCUGCGCACCACUGGUUGAGUAUUUAAACAGAGAUCCAAAUCUUCACAUAACGCUUGGGUCAUCAGUACGAGACGAAGUAGACAGCAUUUCAAGAGGGAAGAGAAGAAUCGAACCUGUUCUUAUUGACAUCAAAGAAAGACCUGAUCACCUUGCGUCCCUUGUAGGUUCGGCGGAUGUUGUCGUUUCACUUCUACCGUACCAACUUCACCAUAUUGUUGCUGAAGUAUGCAUCAAUAGAAACACAAACAUGGUCACAGCUUCCUACCUUACUCCAGACAUGGCGGCACUUCAUGACAAGGCCAAAGAAGCUGGGAUUACAGUUGUAAAUGAAGUUGGCCUCGAUCCUGGCAUUGACCAUUUACUUGCAAUGGAAUGCAUUGAUGAAGUCCAUCAAGCAGGAGGUAAAGUCGAGUCAUUUGUCAGCUACUGUGGAGGGCUACCUGCACCAGAGUGUUCCGACAAUCCUUUCAGAUACAAAUUUUCAUGGUCUCCAAGAGGUGUUCUGCUAAACACCCUUGCCAAUGCAAAAUAUUUAAGAGACUCGAAGACAGUUGAAAUAGAAGCAGGCGGAAGCUUAAUGGAAAAUGCCAAAGAUCUUUUCUUUUUGCCUGGAUUUGCUUUAGAAGGCUUCCCGAACAGGGAUAGCAUUCGUUAUGCCCACCUAUAUGGCAUUGCAGCAGAAGCGCAUACUGUGUUUAGAGGAACUCUCAGGUUUAGAGGUUUUGUGAACACCAUUGUUGGUUUACAAAAAUUAGGAUUGAUGGAUGUGAACCCACAUCCUGCACUUCAUCCCAAUGGACCAGAAAUAACCUGGAGGGAAUUCGUUUGCAAUCUUGUUGGAUUAUCUACCUUGGAUGUAUUUUAUGAAAACCUUAAAAAUAAAGUCAUUGAAAAAGUAGGAGAAGAAAAAACCAAUUCAAUUGAAAAUUUGGGAUUACUUGACGAUGUGCCCAUCACAAAGCUGACAACUCCAUUGGACACUCUCUGCCAGUAUCUUGUAUGCAAAUUAGCAUUAGGAGAGCGUGAGAGAGAUGUAGUGGUUCUCAGACAUGAUGUAGGGAUCCUCUGGCCUAAUGGCAAUCGAGAAUUAAGAGGUAUAACACUUGUCGAAUAUGGACAAAUAAACGGACCAACUGCAAUGGCAAGAACUGUUGGUCUUCCAGCUGCUAUUACUGCAAAAAUGGUCUUAGAUGGUGAAAUACAGGAGAAAGGGAUGGUAUUGCCCUUCUCACCAGACAUUUAUCGCCCAAUGUUAGCAAGACUGAGAAAAGAAGGAAUCCAGGCUUCAGAGAAUGUGACAACUCAUUAAAUCACAUAUUUAUUUAAAAAAAGUUAUUUUGAAAUAUUUUUAUUUCAUUUAUUGUUACUGAGAAACACUAUUGAAUUAUAUUCAAAUGGAAUAAUAAUAAAUAAAAUAU